AUAGUCCGUUUCUUUGACAAUGGAACGUCAAAACUUAUCCGACCCUUGGGCACUGCACAGUAUUUCAGUUAUUUAAUUGGUUUUUCAUGAUAUCUUGGCAAAAUGAAGUCAGUUCAGUUUAUUAGAAAGAUAAGGGGUCCACCAAUUUAUAAUUUGAACGUAUGCUGCUACUCACGACCAUUGAAGUUACAAGUGCGACACAGUGCUGGAUGUUCAAACUUGAACAAGUUUACUCCUCUUGUAUCAAGUGUGCGAAACUUAGGACUUGGACCGACAUCGAAGGACUUCGGCGAAGCAUCGACCAACACCAUAACUACUCCCUUGACGAAGCUACAUGUGAAAGAACUCGUGCGACAUUUGACUGAUGAUGAGAGGAAAUUACUAUAUUCCACCCUAAACGAAUAUGAAUCUAAUAGAAUUAAAGAAGAAUUUGAAGACACAUUAGCGGGUCAAAGAUGGAGAACUAAGCUAGGCCGGCCAAGCAGAGUGCCCACACUAGGGGAUGUGGACCCCACCGGUACCUACUGCCCCAUGCCCGAGGACUGGCUCAAGAAGAAAUACAAAUUGGAAACAGUACAAAAGCCCAGUACAAGGGAACUCCUACAUUUAUCCUUCGCAAAUUCAAUACCAUUUGUUGGGUUUGGAUUUUUGGACAACUUCAUUAUGAUUAUUGCUGGCUGUGAAAUAGGCGACUCGAUCGAGAGCAGCAUGAGCGCGUACAUCACGCUCUCGACCAUGGCGGCGGCGGCGCUGGGCAACACGUUCAGCGACGUGAUCGGCAUCGGCUCCUCCUGCUACGUGGAGCGCGCGGCCGCACGCAUCGGGCUGCGGCCGCCGGCGCUGUCGCCCGCGCAGCUCGACAUGCCCGUCAGCAGACGGUUCGCUAACAUGGGUCGCGUGCUCGGCAUCACGGUGGGCUGCUUCCUGGGCAUGAUCCCGCUGCUGUUCAAGGACGACGAGAAGAAGCCCGACGACCAGUCCGCCGACCAGUCCAGCGACAAGUCCACGGCCGCCAAGGAGACCAGUAAAUAGGCUAUAAUUACUGCGAUAUUGAUGUCGAUUCUGAAAUCACAAACUUUAAUUUACACUGACUUACAAAAACAAAACAAACAUAGGGUCGAAUUUCAAACAAAGAAUUUAAGGUUUUGACAGCACUAAAAUUAGAAUUUGUGCUUCAGAAUCGACAUCCUUGUAGCGCGAUAUUCCCGCGACUCUUAAGAAAAUCUGCCGAAUUUACUCGACAAGUAUAUGCUCAUAGAUAUAAGCUGUAUCCACGCGUAUUUCUUUUGAUGCUUCAUUUCAAAUUCAAUUUAUAAGUAGUUUUUCUCUGAUAUUCAGAUAAGGAAAUCGUGAGAUAGAACUGUGACUAGUAGCCAUGAGAGCCUCAGGGGUCAGUAUUUCAUAGAAUCACAAAAUGUUAUAAGUAUAG